CCUCUCCCUCCGAGGCUCUGGCCAGCCCCUUUCGGAAGAUGGCCGAGUGGAACAGCAGGAUUCGCUCCGCAGAGGCGGCGGCGCCGGGACGCAGCAGCCGAGGGGUCGUGAUUUCAGAUGAUUGGCCAGGAUAUAGCUUGGAUCUCUUUACAUAUCCACAGCACUAUUAUGGGGAUCUUGACUAUGUGCUCAUUCCACAUGGGAUCAUUGUGGACAGGAUAGAACGUUUGGCCAAAGAUAUCAUGCAAGAUAUUGGAUACAAUGACAUUGUGGUUCUCUGUGUACUUAAAGGUGGCUACAAAUUCUGUGCUGACCUUGUGGAACAUAUUAAGAAUCUCAGUAGAAAUUCAGAAAAGUUCAUCUCCAUGAAAGUUGACUUUGUCAGACUGAAAAGUUACUGUAAUGACCAGUCUUUGCAAGAUACACAGAUAAUAGGGGGAGAGGACUUUGCGGAGCUGACAGGAAAGAAUGUGUUAAUUGUGGAGGAUAUCAUUGGAACCGGAAGGACAAUGAGAGCUCUCCUCAACAACAUUGAGAAAUACAAGCCCAAAAUGGUUAAAGUAGCAAGUUUGUUGCUGAAAAGAACAUCUCAGCCUGAUGGGUACAGACCUGAUUAUUAUGGAUUUGAAAUUCCAAAUUUGUUUGUGGUAGGCUAUGCCUUAGACUACAAUGAGCACUUCAGAGAUCUAAAUCACAUAUGCAUUAUCAAUAACCACGGCAAAGCCAAAUACAGAGUCUAAAGUUUGCUGGACCGAACUGGAAUUUUGACAGGAUCUCCCGACAAACAAUUCAACUGACAUCCAUCUCACUCAUCCCGGACUAAAUAAGUGGUAUUUCCCAUGACCAGCCUCCUCACACUUGUUCAUUGUAGGCCUUCUUAAUACCUUCUUAAUACCUCAGUCGGUACAAAACGUCUAGAAAUUGUAAUCUUUCAUAUAAUGAGUUUCGUUCAGAAUAAAGAGAUGAUAGGUAAGGCAGAGAUAUUUGUUUUUACCCAUUAACCCAUAAAACAAGUUCCUUUGUGAAAGAAUCUAGAACACAAUUGUGCUUUUAAGACAUAUCUGUGCCUUCUUGCUGACUCUUCUUUUUCCUCUUUCUGUCCUUUGCCUCUGUUUACACCUUUUGAGACAAGUGCUUGUGCCAACACACAGGGACUUCAUACUCUAAGACCAUGACUCCUACUAAAUGUUGCUGCUGAUUACUUAGAAUCCAUACAGUAUUAACGUGUAUAGCAAAUUAGAAAGCAGGAAACAUACUUAGAAAGAAAAGUAUGGUGUAAAGGAGCUUUGGAAUUCGGGGGGGGGGGAGCUACGAAAUGCUGCAGAUGAAGAUAAUGUAUAUAACAUGUGGAUAGUAUCUGAUCUACCAAAGCCUUUUAUCUGGCCCAAAUAACUUAGUCUACCUUGGUUUCCUACAUGAGGUUGGAUGCAGACUAGACAUUUCCACAGGGACAAGGAUUUCUGGUUAUGGAGUAUGAUUUCCCCACCUUUCCUCUCCCACAUCAGCCCCAAGUGCCCUCCCCCCUCCAAAAUCCCAUGCUUGGGAGAGAGGGGUUGCCUGAGCAGAGAGUGGUAGGAAAAUUGUGCUCCGUGAGCAGAACUCCUUGCACCCAUGGAAAUGUUUGUCUUGGGUUGCCAGCUGCGGGUUCCGAAAUACUUCAGUAUUUGAGGGGUGGAGCCUGAGGGCGGCAGGAUUUGGGAAGGGGAGGGGCUUCAAUGGGG